UCCCAUUCAACCUGGCAGAGAAACAAAACUCAACAAAUUAGUAUAUUGCUAAGGCGAAUCGUCAACAAUUUCGGGUAUAAAAUCAAAACAGUUUUGGACAACGAAUUUUAGCUAAAUCGCAAGGUUGCAGCACCUGCAUUCAGCAAAGGCGACCAAAAUUAAUCGGGCUAAUUAGAAAGACAUGGCACGCGGACACCAGAAGAUCCAGUCGCAGGCGAAGGCCUCCGAGAAGCAGGCCAAGCUCAAGAAGCAGCAGGGACACAGUGCCAACGACCAGAAAAAGGCGGCCCAGAAGGCACUCGUGCAUGUGUGCGCCGUGUGCAAGUCUCAAAUGCCCGACCCCAAGACUUAUAAGCAGCAUUUCGAGAACAAGCAUCCCAAGAACGACAUGCCCGAGGAGCUGAAGGACGUCUGAUGACCAAUUUGGCCGAGUGCAUGUAUAAAUUUAUCAAGCGGGAGGAGAUCUACGAAUUGCCUACCAGUACGAAACCUUUGCAUCAAUAACUUUACAUCAGCCCAAGAAGAAAACCAGCAAUCAAGCCGAAGCCAAGAAUAUGGAUAAUAGUAAUAAUAAUUGUAUUUCCAAUUUUUUGUAUACACGCCGCCGUCUUUGGUUUUAGUUUAAAGAUUGAAAAUAACACAGUGUGUUCGAUGAAAAGCUACCACAAUACGAAAGCAACCAACCACGUAGUAAAAUAAAUAGGAAUGAUUUUAUUAAGAUA